UAUAUAUAGAUAGAUAGAUAGAUAGAUAGAUAGAUAGAUAGAUAGUAAUUUUAAUCCCACGGUUUAAAAGAAGACAAAGAGUGCACACACCGACGCCAUUGUGAUUGAUUCUGAGCCAUGUCACCCAGAGUCUUCAACCAUUGGUUACGAUAGUCACGCAGACCCCAACCAAGUAGUCUGCAUGUACCAAUAUGGCUCAAACCAGAAGUUAGUGACUUUGUGGACUGAUGUCACGUUUUGGUUUGACCAUCCCUAACUUUUUUCCAACCAUCGCCAACACUAAUCAUCAGUUUUACAAGAAUCUCAUCCGUCUAACACUGAAAUAAGAUUACUUUACAAUCAAACGAUGUGUUAAAUACAAGAAAAUGUGUACUAAACUUGCCACUAAAUAACGGACUAUUACGUUUGUCGGUCCACUGUGUACUUCGAAUUCAUUCUAUCGUCUAACUGGGUAUCAACAACUGUAUGUAAUGUGUUCUUGAAAUUUUUCUUUUAAAUGUAAUGUAUAAAGAGAAAUGCCAGGCCCAACUUGUCGUAUUAGUAAUCAUAAUCUCUUUAUGUAUACUGAGAUUUAUCACCUUUAAUACAUAAGGUGACUGAUAUCUUCAGCUUUCCACUUUUCCAUAGACAAGCAAAACUAAUUACACCAACCUUUCACUGUCACUUUGCAUUUAUAACUAUGACAUUUAUACCAUAGGAUUUUACAGUAUUCAGGUCACUCUUCGGUAUCACAUUUAUGCUUCAUCAAAAAAAUUUCAACUUUACCAAAGAAGGCUUCAUCUUAGUAUGGUCAAUACAUACACAGUCGAAAACUUAUUUAAACUUCACAUACCAGAGUUCACUGAGUGCCAAGUGACAAAUUAUCGAGUGCCUUGUGGUUGUACAUAUCUAACACCUUCUUACUAUUAGCAUAUACUCUCACCACAAACGAGUUAAGUGUUUAACUUUUAAUCUCGCAAUAGCCUUUCACCAAUAAGUCCAAAUAGAUAUCACUGCUAACUACUAUCUUGUGAUUGAAGUGAAUGUUGUCGUAUACUAAUUGUUGUAGUAUACUGAGAUGAGAACUUUAAAUUCCUUCACAAAAGUUAAUCGAUCUAGUUUGCUGAUCAUAUUAGUUAUUGAAAUAAGGCAUUCUGAUCUGCAAAGUCAAAUGGAAUCUUAUAAUUAGAUAAUAUGAACAAAGUGAAAAAUUUUCCAAAACAUGCUUUGAUGUUUCUUGAAAGUCCACCUGGGUUUAGUGCUUUACCUUGAUGCAAUUCAAUAACAGGAUUUUCAAUUUUUGUAAAUGUUAUUUGGCUUAUACUGAUAACCUCUAAAUCUUUGAACUAACAGUAGACAUGUGAAUCAUCAUUUCUAAUUACUUUUUACUUCUCAAAUUCACACAUUUUGCAAAUGAUCCUAUAUAAUCAGUGAUGAUUGUAAUUCCUAUUAAAUAUGUAAAUCAUUUGCCAAGCGCUGGUACAUGUACUUAAUUUUAAUCGAUUUUGUUUGCAUGUUAGGAUUAGUGAUAGUACUUGACUGCUAAACGAAAGUAGUUAGAGCGGAGUCAUUUUAUAUGUGUAUAAAGGUUACCUAUUAUCAUGUUAAGUUUUUAAACUAUAAUGAUGUCGGUAAUCUUUUACAUUAGGCAGGUAUCACAGAUUCAGUGUGGCUAAAGUCCUUUAAAAUUUUGUGUUUAUUUAUUUAUUUAAACACAUAACCAUUGGUACAAGGAAGCACCGAAUAGAUAUGCAUCACAUAAAUCAUUCGAUUUGUGUGAGGGCUGGGAUAUUGCCAGGGUGCCCAAACCAAAACAGGUAGUGUUCUUAGGGGGCCACAGCUCAAGCCUUCGACCUAAAGGUCUAAUCCACAAGACAGUGGAGCAACUUUGAGAGAUGCAGUCCCAUGGUAGCCAGUGACCAACAAUUGGUUCAUAUGCCACUUCUUCCUUCAGGAUAUUGGAGCCGAUAUGCACCAUUGGUUUGGAAUGAGGGUUUUCUAACUUCCCUAGGUGAACUCUCCGUGUCCAUCAACCCGGUUAAAGCGCCUGAUUUUCGCUUUUCGUCCUCUCAACUUCGUAAACAGCAGCCGUGGUGCGAUAAUGGAGUGAGUGGGACUUUCCUAUCAGUGGCCAUGUGAUGAGAGCAUUUGGUAAAGGAGAGCGGACUCUUCCUACUCUCGGCGAUACCAGGGCAUUUGGGGACAAAAAAAGUUGUCACAUAGUUUCACUGAAUAUUGUCUACCUGUUUUUUGUGAAGACAUCAUUAUAAAUUUAUCUCCUAUUUUUAUUCAUAUUAAUAAGCUACUUUUGCACAUUUCUAGAAUUUACGAAAAAUUUAUGCAUUAGCAUCAAAAACUCUUAGUUCCUAUGGGAUAUUACUUCAAACUCUUAAAAAAGCCAAUCUUCAACCAACAACUAAAAUUAUUCAUUUAUCUUCAAAAAACAAUCCUAACAAUAAUAAUGAUGAUAAUGAUUUACAUGCUUGUGCUCAUUGUUAUUUGAUUGUUUUAAUUCAUGAUUUAUUAAAAGAAAAGAAAAUAUCUCAUCAUUUUCUACUUUCACAAAUUCAUGAAUUAACUAAAGAUUCUUUAGCUGUAAAAAAACUUCGUCAUGCUUAUCAAUCAGUUGAUAAAUCAUUCAAAUCACAAACUGAAAAUCAAAGACAAAAUAAGGGAUUACUUCCAUGUUAUGCUCGUGUCAAUUUCUUGAAAACUACACUAGCUGAUGUUAUUGAAAAGCUUGAAACUUGUGGACUUAAACAUGUGGAAUAUAAUCGAUCAGAAACUUCUUAUCGAAAAUUUCGUAAAAAAGUUUAUAAACUUGAUCGUGGUGAAUUCAUGUUGGAUUAUCAUCUCCCACAUCUACUGUUAGUAUUUCCCUCUGGUACUGCUUUACAUGAUUUAGAAUUGUACAAAUCUAGAUCUCUACUUAUUCAAGACAAGGCCAGUUGUUUCAGUCCGGAGAUUCUCCAACCAGAUCCAAAUUCAGAUGUUUUAGAUGCUUGUGCUGCUCCAGGAAAUAAAACAUUACAAUUAGUUUCUAUGUUGUCCAAUAAAUCAACCAUUUUCGCCGUAGAUCGUGAUCCAAACAGAUUCCGACGUUUUACUGAAAAUCUAAUUGUCAAUGGAGUAGAACGAUUGUCAAUAAUGGAUUGGUCUAAUUCUAAUAAACAAAAUAAUAAACAUAGAAAAUCUGUUCAAAGUUCACAACCAUCCGUUGAAGCGUAUUGUUCAGAUUUCUUAUCUAUAGAUCCAUAUAAUCCAAAAUUUUCCAAUGUUCAAUCAAUUCUUCUUGAUCCUUCUUGUAGUGGUUCUGGUUUAUCAAUUCGUCAACCAGAUGGUGGUGAACAAUAUGAAAAAUGCACAUAUAAAGAUAGUAAUAAUUAUACAGAUGAAUAUAAUGAAGAAUAUACAUCUCGUUUAAAACGAUUAUCGAAUCUUCAAGCUAUGUUAUUAAAACAUGCAUUAAAGUUUCCAAAUGUUCAACGUGUUGUCUAUUCAACUUGUUCAAUACACCCUGAAGAAAAUGAAGCAGUUGUACGUGAAAUUGUUGAUUAUGCAUCAGAUAAAUUUUAUUUAGAAACAAUUUGGCCAUAUAUUGAAUCAUCUUCUAAUUCUAUAAAUCAACCAAUAUGGAAACAUCGUGGUCUAUCUGAUAUAUAUCAAUGUGAAUCAUGUAUACGUUCAUCUGAAAAAGAUUUAACAAAUGGAUUUUUUGUUGCUUUAUUUAUAAAAUAUAAAUCAAAUAAUUCAUUGAAUGUUACAUCACUACCACCACCAUCAUCAUCAAUUAUGACUACUGAAUUAAGUGUACCUGGCAACUCAUCGUUGACAUUCAAUAAUAAUGAAAAUGUUAAUUUGGAAAAACAAGAAUUAUUUACUUUUAAAAUACGAAAGAAAUGUAGAACUAAUCUUUAAGUGUUUAAAUUUCUGUCAGAAAAUUGUAUUAUAUUUUGUAAAUUAGUAACUAUGACUAUGAUGUUGUCAUCUUAUAAUGUUUAAUUAAAGAAAAGAAGAGAACAUAUAAAUAGACAAAACUUUUCAUAUAUUUUUGUGUGUAUGUAUGUGUGUGCAUUUUUUUGGGGGGGUGUGGUGUUGGUAUAGUUUUUCUGUUUAUGUGUUAAUACCUUCAUUUCACAGAUUGAAAUCAUGAAUCAAUUGAAGCUAGACCACCAUGGAAAACCUGGAAGCACUGAACGGCCGUUUCGUCCUAAUAUGGAACUCCUCAUCAUGAAUUGAUAAUGAUAAAUUUCGAUGGUAUAAUAAGAAAAUAAAGAUUAUCAGAAAACUAUGUGAUGAUAUUCACUUGGUGUGGUUUACUUGCAUCUUCCUAUUGUUAUUUAGGACUGUAAUUGAUCAGUUUUUUAUUGGCAUAUGUGGAUCCUGUGCGAACUGUCUCGAUAUUGCUUGAACAAACAAAGAUGGAUAGUGGCUAACAGUGAAAUCCAGUUUGAUGCUCAUUUCGUCCUAUUUGGUGCUCGUCAGCUGGAUGUACCUACGUCUGAGUUGAUGUUCACUCUGGGACUCGAACCCAGUACCGUUUGCUUAAAACGUCAUCGCGUUAUCCACUUAGCUACUGAGUACUGAUAGCCACCUGCUCAUGUAAUGGAAUAAUGUUAUAUUAGCGCAAUGCAUUUCGAACAAUCUGAUCACACAUAUACUUGUCAAAAACAUUUAUAUGUAAAAAUAAUAGGUCAACUAGACUAGAAAUCGAGGGUUAUUUAAUCUCUUCUCUAUUGAAAGUGUCGUUGAUUAUAAUGAAUACAGAACAUCUUGAGAAUGUGGAAUCGGAAACUAAUAAAGAAAGUGUAUCAAAACGAGCAAAUCGUAAAUUGGAUCAGUAUUUAAAGCGUAAAGAAGCAAGACGUGUAACAAGGAAAGCGUGUAAAGAACGUCGUAAACUUCGACAACAACAACAACAACAACAAUCAUCUUGUGUUGUUGUUGAUGAUGUGAAUAAUGAUACUUGUAUAUCGACAGAAAAUAACCUUUCAAUUCCAAAUGAUACUUUUACUUCACACAAAAUUCAACGUUUAAAAAUGUCAGAAUCAUUGUGUCAAACUAAAGUUGUCAUUGAUUGUGCAUAUGAUCAUUUGAUGUCAUUCAAAGAUAUCUGUAAAUUGGCUAGUCAAGUUGCUAAUUGUUAUUCUAUCAAUAGACGUGCCAAACAUCCAGUUCAACUUUAUAUCACCGGUUUAGGUUCCAAUAACACCACAGAGACUAACAUCAACAAUAAAGAUAAUUUGUUAGCUGAAGGUAAAUGUAUAUCUACCCGAUUAUAUGAUAGAUUAAAGUUAAGCAACUGUGAGAGUUGGGAUGUGAAUCUAUGUGAGGAUGAUUUUACUAAACUAUUUUCAGCUGAUAAAAUUGUUUAUUUAUGCGCUGAAUCAGAAUAUCUUCUACCAGAACAUUUUAAUACCAAGUAUCAAACUAAUUUAAUCAAUAAUGAGACUAUUCAGUUUACUCAAGAUGAUAUUUAUGUUAUUGGUGGUUUAAUUGAUCAUAAUAGAUUAAAAGGAUAUUGUUAUCAACAAGCCAUUGAACGUGGUUAUAGAACAGCUAGAUUACCAUUAAAAGAAAUUAAUUUACAUAUUGAAGGUCGAUUUGUUUUAUCUACUCUACAUGUAUUUCAAGCAUUAUGUCCUGUAUUAUCCGGUACAAAAACUUGGUUAGAAAGUUUAAAACAAGCAAUACCACCAAGAAAAUUAAUGGUACCUCUAGAAGAACCCUUCCACGGUGUGGGCAACCGGGAAGUGAUAACCGCCCUCAUGCCUCCAACAGCACUCAAGACCACUGUAUAUAUAAUUUCUAAUUGAGUACUAUC